AGUCUGCUGCUGGCUGGACUUUCUAUGGAGCUUUGUCUCUAGCUGUUCCUGACAGAGCCUUGUGCUGUGCUGCACAUCUCGACCUCUUUGUUCAGCCUCUGGCUUCAACCACUGAAUCACAAAUACUCUCCAGCUGGGAAUCAGAGGAGGGCAGGAAUGAAGAAUCCAGAAGUCCAACAGGAUGUUUCCAUUUCCCAGGGUGUUCGCAUGAUGUUUUACAUGAUGAAGCCCAAUGAAACUUCAUUCCAAACUCCAGAAGAGGUGCCUGAUUACGUUAAAAAGGCAACUCCAUUUUUCAUUUCCUUGAUGCUGCUUGAACUGGUCAUAAGCUGGAUUUGCAAAGGGAAGCCACCAAGUCGCUUGGAUGAUGCUUUGACAUCCUUGUCGGCUGGUAUUCUGUCUCGGCUUCCAAGACUAUUUUUCAGGAGCAUUGAAGUGACCAGUUACAUUUAUAUCUGGGAGAACUACAGGCUUUUCAGUUUGCCUUGGGAUUCUCCAUGGACUUGGUAUUUCACCUUCUUAGGAGUUGAUUUUGCCUAUUACUGGUUCCAUCGCAUGGCCCAUGAGGUUAACAUUAUGUGGGCUGGACACCAAGUGCACCACAGUUCCGAGGACUACAACUUAUCCACAGCACUGAGACAAUCUGUCCUCCAGAUAUAUACUUCCUGGAUUUUCUACUCUCCCCUGGCCCUCUUCAUACCACCUUCUGUAUAUGCUGUUCAUCUUCAGUUCAAUCUCCUUUACCAAUUUUGGAUCCAUACUGAGCUCAUCAAUAACCUUGGUCCUUUGGAACUGAUUCUUAAUACUCCUAGUCAUCAUAGGGUUCAUCAUGGCAGAAAUCGUUAUUGCAUAGACAAAAAUUAUGCAGGCACUCUUAUUAUUUGGGAUAGAAUUUUUGGGACUUUUGAAGCAGAGAAAGAAAGAGUUGCAUAUGGUCUAACACAUCCAAUUAAUACCUUUGAACCUCUCAGGGUGCAGUUCCACCAUUUAUUUUACAUAUGGACUACAUUUUGGGCUACUCCUGGAUUCAUCCAUAAGUUUUCUGUGCUAUUUAAAGGACCAGGUUGGGGUCCAGGUAAACCAAGACUUGGAUUGAGUGAAGAGAUCCCAGAGGUUACAGGAAAAGAAGUUCCCUUCUCAUCAUCUGCCUCUCAAUUAUUAAAGAUAUACACAGUUGUACAGUUUGCUCUGAUGCUAGCAUUUUAUGAAGAGACCUUUGCAAAUACUGCUGCACUGUCACAGGUUUCUCUCCUUCUGAGGGUUCUUUUCAUCAUCCUGACCUUGACCUCCAUUGGAUUCCUUCUGGAUCAAAGACCUAAGGCAACUAUCAUGGAAACUCUCCGUUGCUUGGUGUUCCUGAUGCUGUACAGAUUUGGUCACCUUAAGCCUCUGGUCCCUGCCUUGUCAUUUGUUUUCGAGAUUUUUUUUUCCAUUUGCAUUACUUUCUGGGGAGUAAGAAGUAUGAAACUACUUGCCACUGGUCCUUGGAAAUGACCUAAGUGUACGCAGCACUCUUGUUUUAAUCAAUUUUCCGCAGCCAUAACAUAUUUUUACUACAUAUGGAAAUUCAAUUAUAUAAUGCUUAUAGGGAUGAUUUCUUUAAUGAAAAGUAAAUGUACUUAUUUACUCUUGCUUGGUUUUUACAUUUAUUAUUUUCUAUUCAAAUUAAAGUCAAUUAAUUACUUUCUGCUUACUACCAUUGAAAAGCAAAGAUUUCAAAUAACUGAUGUUAUGUUCACUGGUAUUAUCGAUGACAAUGAGCAUAAGAAAGUAUAAAGUUUACAAACAGUAAAGAGGAAUGAAUAUUGGAUUUAUAUAGUUUGAUGCUUUUUUUUUUUUUGAUGUUUGGUAAAAUUAUGCUUAAAUACAGAUUUGUAGUCAUAUGGACAGACUACAUUGUCUUCCUAAGACUGCAUUUGCCUUUGCAAACUACAUAAUGCCAAGAGUCACACUGCAGAAAAACAUUGGUGAAAUGAAAAUGAAUAAAUUUGAUAGAAUUAGUUUGUUGAACAGGCUAAUUUAUGAUACGUAUGUCAAUAUGUUUGCUCAAUUUGUUUUGGCAGAUUGAGGAGUAUGCAGUAAUUCUGUGUUAUUUAAAAUUGUCAAGGACUGGGGAGAUAGCUCAGUCAGUAGAGUUCUUGCCUUGCAAGCACAAGGCCCUGGGUUCGAUCCCCAGCACCAAAAAAAAAAAAAAAAAAUUGUCAAAAUAGUGUUAAUAAAAUUCUGUAAGUAAAACUGCCCUAGGCAUUGUGUGUAUGUUGAUUAUUGGGAAUGCAAAAUCUGCCAAGCAUUUCAGUAGGAGGGCACUGACAGACACAUACAGAAUGUUUAGAGAAGAAAGACUGAAAAGAGUUUUUAAAAAAUGUCUUUUCUUCCUCCAAUAUUUUUUAGAUUUCAAAUUACAAUUAAAACAGUAAAAGGAACAAGUACUAAACUGAAAAAAAAAAUAAUGUCUUUCAUUGAGCUCUCUCUGCCUGUCUUCAUCACUAGGAGAUUGAUCAGUUGAUCAAACUCAUUCUAUAAAUAUAUGUUAUCAAACAAAGAACAGAAAAUAAUGUGGAUGAAACUAUUAAAAAAUCAGACUGCAGGUGUCUUUGUGGACUCAGGAUGCAGAACAUAAGCAUAUUUAAUUUUCACAUUGGAACAGCAAUGGAAGAUUAAAUUUUGCAUGAUGGAAAAAUUACCAAAUUAUAUCUCAAGCGUCAGAAGUGGGGUUUGGCUUUACUUCAUUCAUCUUUUUAUACUUCUUAAUUAAACACAGAGUUAGAGCAAAUACUUAAGCCCAUAACAAAUAUUAAAUCCUACUUUUGUCCCUUACUAACAAUUUUUGCUGGGUUUUACACAUAUAGAAUCACAUUGCAGCAGGGAGCCCUCUACUGGCUUGAAAUUACUGAAUUUAUAGUAUAAAAAUUGUCAAGACUCAGAUUCUGUAUCCUAACACUUCAGCUAAUAAGUAUCAUAAUUCAAUAAUGACAAAAAGAGAAACUUUUCAUUAAUGUUCAAAUAAAAUUUUAGCAUCUCUGAGAAGUUUAAUGGUUUCCCCAGAAGUGAUGUGUAAAUAUGUAUAUAUGCUUGAAAUAUGGGCUUUAUAAGAGUGACCUAAAAAUGGUUUUAAUGAUGGAAAUAAACAAUUUAAAAGAUC